UUCAGGGACUAAUUUUAAACAUUUAAAGACCCACACGUUGACCAGUUGAAUGCCGACCCCUCCACUCAAUCUCUUCCUCCGGUGAAUCUCCGGUCGAGUUCAAGAACACCGAGUCUGAGAGCUUAUUAUUACCCUUUUCCCAUUUUUGAGGAACGUAGCUACUUGCUACUGAGCGUGGAAUUAACAGAGACAGAGAGAGUGAAAGGGGAAAUGGAGCAGCCACCUUCUCCAGGAACGACCCCAGUGGAGCUCAGAGACUGUAUAGAGAAGCUCAUGAAGUUCACUCUCCAAGCCCAUAUUGAUCAAUCCUUGGGAUUCGAUCUUUGUCUUUCCAAGGAUUUCUGUUUCCGCCUCCUCAAUGAUUCUUACAAUUCCAAUUCCGAACAAGCGCUUCCACAAUUGUUAUACCAGCGUCUAGCGUUCAUUUUGUGUGAAAUUAUAACGUAUGCAUCCUUUUCUGGGACAACCAAGUUCAUGGAAUCACACAAUCUAGAAAAUGACGUGAGCGAAAGAAGAAAAUGGGAAAUUUUGAUUUGGGAUGAAGGAACUCAAUUACUUAAUAUUUUGAAGAGUGUAAGCUUCGAACUUGAUGUUCAAGAGCCCUUCUUUACACAAUUAAGAGAUGGUAUGAAAACAGUUGAAGGAAGGUGUGCUGUAGGUGACUACAAUAAAAUUGAAUCAGGAGCAUUGAUCCUCUUUAAUAAAUGCCUGGUGCUUCAAGUUCAGGAUGUUCACCGGUACGCUUCAUUUGCUGAGAUGUUGGAAGUAGAGGGCCUUGAAAAAGUCCUUCCUGGAGUAAAAACCAUCGAUGAAGGUGUUAAAGUUUACAGAAGAUUUUAUACAGAAGCGAAAGAAAGAGCCAAUCGUGUCCUUGCUAUUUGUGUUGGACAAUCAGCAGCCCAACCUUACAUUCUUUUGGCUGGGAUUCUUUCUGGAUUAAGUUGUAAAGGGAUUGCAAGCUAUUUGGAUCAGUAUCAUUACCCUGGAACAAGUCCAGAUAAGUAAACAUGCCCUCUCUUGACAAAAUCAGCUCAUCUUUUCACCUGAAGUGCUUUGUAAUCUAGUGUAAGAUGAUGCUACGAAUUUUUCCCCUGAAUUUGCCCUUUUCUUUUUUCAAACUACUAGAAUUGGAACUGAAUCCCAAAACACUUCAUCUCAGCAUAAAAAUAUUUGGAUUCUUGCCCCAUGGGGAUAUGAAAGAUAAAUGUUAGUGCAUUGAGAUUGAAAAGGCCGGUUCAGAGGAGCGACAUGAUGCUCUACUUCUGCUGCUGGAAAUUGUAGAAACUCAGAACCUAUUUGAUAUAGGCUUGUUCUAUCCUUUGGAACUCACUUGAAUUCCAUCUUAUUCUUUUUUUUUC